UAUGCCUAACGAAGUUGGUAAAGGACAAAAAAAGGCACCGCAGGAACAAGAAGAAGAUAUGAUAUCACUUGCAAAUUUAUUCAGCUUUUUCCCUUUCUUUUAUAUUUUUCUUCCCUUUGCUUUCCCCCCAAUUUUCUCUCUCUAAUCUGCGUGUGUGUGCGCACCAGGCUCGGCCGAGAUCGGAUAAUUUUUCGCCCAAUACUUCACAUCUUCGUCUUGGAUCAAGACAGGUAACUUAUAUUGAGAUCUGAUCCAGGAAAUACUUUGAAGAGAUCCUUGGGGAGGUGUACAAACUAAGUUAUAGUUUGUGGGCUUCUCCAUAAUUCUGCAUAGUGAGCAGUUGAGUGGGCAAGGGAGGACAUGUAUAUUUUUAUCUCAUGAAAUCCUGGAACUUUUGUUGCCCUGAUGAAAUUUACAUUGUAUCCUAUGGGUGUGGGGUAUUUAUCAAUAUCAGCAGUCUGUACAGUGUUGAGCUUUAUAGGCCUCCAAUAUUGGACAGAAGUUUCUUAUAUGAAACUAAAGUCAGAUGGUUUGAUGGGUGAAAAUCUUCUCCACCCUGGUGUUGCCAACCGUGUAUUGGAACUGUUGUUGAGUUCUUAUACCACAGUUGCAUUGGUGGUCAAUUUUGUCCUCAACAUUUUUAUACUCAUCAUCCUCUCUCUUAAGACAAUAUUUUUUGAUGAGCUGCAUGCAACUGAAUCUCGGAAAAUGGUGGAGAGACUAGUUAAUUAUGUUAUAUACAAGGGAACAUUUCUUCCAUUGGUAGUACCACCAACAUUAGUUAGAGCAGGAUUGUGGUCAACAUGGUUGACUGUAUUAUGCUCUUUGAAGAUGUUUCAAGCUCUAGCUCGGGAUCGGCUUGAACGGUUGAAUGCAUCUCCUUCUGCAACUCCAUGGACUUACUUCCGUGUAUAUUGUGUUUUAUUGCUGGUUGUCAUUGUCGAUGCAGUCUGGAUAAGGACAUGUCUACUGAUCUACCAAACAAUACCAUCAUCUAUGUUUUUGUUAUUAUUCUUUGAGCCUCUGAGUAUUGCUUUCGAAACACUACAGGCGAUUUUGGUUCAUGGGUUUCAACUGGUUGAUAUAUGGGUUCACCACUCAGCAGGCAACACCACAAAUUCCAAAAUAUCAAAGCUUUUAGAUAUGUCCGCAGCAGGUUCAUUGUGGGAGUGGAAGAGUGUUAUAUUAAGGAAUGUAGGGUUUUUCCUAGAUAUUAUGACUUUGUUAAUGGCUCUGGGUCAUUAUGUACAAAUAUGGCGCCUUCAUGGCAUGACAUUCCAUCUUGUUGAUGCAAUGCUUUUCUUAAAUAUACGUGCGUUGGUAAGUGCAGUCGCAAAGCGUACGAGAGGUUUUAUUAAGUUAAGAAUCGCUUUGGGAACCCUUCAUGGGGCUCUCCCUGAUGCAACAUCUGAAGAGAUACAAGCUUAUGAUGAUGAAUGUGCCAUUUGCCGGGAACCAAUGGCCAAGGCUAAGAAGCUCUCCUGUAACCAUCUUUUCCAUCUUUCCUGCCUUAGAUCUUGGUUGGACCAAGGGCUGAGCGACAACUAUUCAUGCCCCACGUGUCGAAAACCCCUGUUUGUUGGCCGUGGCACACCUGACGGAGGAAACAACAACAGUAACAGUAACAGUAACAACAGUGUAGGUGUAGGGAAUAAUUCUGUAGAUGUUUCAGGAGAUGAACAGCUUGCACGUCAGUUAAGCCGUCAGCAAAGUGUUCCUGGUCCCACACUAGUUCCAAAUCAACUUCAGAACCCUUUAGAUCAUCAUGAUGAUUGGAGGAGGUUAGAGGCGGAUUCAGGUUGGUUGGGAUUUGAUGGGGGAGCGGGUCCAUCGAGAUCGGUGGGUUUAGGAAGAGUCCAGAUGAUGAUGAGACACCUGGCAGCGGUCGGUGAAACGUAUGCCCAAACUUCCCUUGAAGAUGCUACUUGGAACCUGUGGCCUGUAAAUCCCUCUCAGGCCAGCACAUCUACAUCUACUUCUUCUUCAAACAAUCCAAAUCCUUCCACAAGUACCAUAAGACACCGAGGAGGACACACUACUGGGGGUGGGGGUGGGUCCCUCAUCAGAACCACGCCACCUCCACCUGUCCCGGAUGUUGACUUGUCAAACAUAAUCGCCAUGGCUGAAACCGUUCGUGAAGUCCUUCCCCAUGUCCCUGAUGAAUUAAUAUUACGGGAUUUGCAGCGAACAAAUUCGGUGUCUGUUACUGUGAAUAAUCUUCUUCAAAUGUGAAUCUUUUUUUUUUUAUUUUAUUUAAUUUUAUGAAAGAAGACAUAUAUUCUGUACCAAUAAUGAUAAAAAAGAAAGGCAAGGGUGGUGGUCUGGUCAUUGGUCAUUGGUCAUUGGAGGGAGGUUGUGUGCUGACGUCAGCCACCCACCCACACACAGUGUCCUGUAAGAUCUGAGAGCUAUAGUUUUUUUGUAUAUAGGAAAAAAUAAGUUAGACAAAGAUGUUGAUCAAACUAUAGCCCCCCCUCCCUCCACCUGAUUGAGCUUUUAGGGAAAAUUGAAAAACAAAUUUGUUGUAUGUAUGAUUGAUUGAGAUUAUGUAUGUGACUGAUUAACUGGUUUGC